GGCGCCCGCGGAGGGAGCCGCGCUCCGGCCGGACGCGUGGCCGCCACAAUGGGGCCGGCGACCGGGAACUUGGUCCGGACUCUGGCGGUGCUGUGCGGGCUGACCUGCUUCUGCACCGGGAUAAGCUCCAUAGACAUUGACCGCCCCGGGGACGGGAGGUGCCAGCCCAUAGAAAUCCCCAUGUGCAAGGAUAUAGGGUACAACAUGACGAGGAUGCCCAACCUGAUGGGACAUGAAAACCAACGGGAAGCUGCCAUUCAGCUCCACGAGUUUGCCCCCUUGGUGGAGUAUGGUUGCCACAGCCAUCUGAAAUUUUUCCUCUGCUCCCUUUAUGCCCCGAUGUGCACAGAGCAGGUUUCUACAUCAAUCCCAGCCUGCAGGGUUAUGUGCGAGCAGGCGAGGCUGAAAUGCUCUCCGAUUAUGGAGCAGUUCAAUUUUAAAUGGCCAGACUCCCUAAACUGCAGCAAGCUGCCCAGGAAGAACGACCCCAAUUACCUGUGCAUGGAAGCCCCCAACAACGGAUCUGAUGAGCCACCCAGAGGAUCCAGCAUGCUGCCACCCAUGUUUCGUCCCCAGCGGCCCAGCAGCGGCCACGACCUGCAGCAGCAUAAGGACAGCCUCAGCAGAACCUCCUGUGAAAAUCCUGGCAAGUUCCACCAUGUGGAAAAAAGCGCUUCCUGUGCACCGCUCUGCACUCCGGGGGUUGAUGUUUACUGGAGCAAGGAUGACAAACAAUUUGCUGUCAUUUGGAUUGCCAUCUGGUCCAUUCUGUGCUUCUUCUCCAGUGCUUUUACUGUACUCACUUUUCUGAUAGAUCCUCAGCGUUUCAAGUACCCCGAGAGGCCCAUUAUCUUCCUCUCGAUGUGCUACUGCGUCUACUCAGUGGGGUACAUUAUUCGCCUCUUUUCAGGUGCUGAAAGUAUUGCCUGUGAUAGGGACAGCGGCCAGCUCUAUGUCAUCCAGGAAGGACUGGAGAGCACUGGCUGCACCAUUGUGUUCCUGGUUCUGUAUUACUUUGGUAUGGCAAGUUCCUUGUGGUGGGUAAUCUUGACUUUAACUUGGUUCCUAGCAGCUGGGAAAAAAUGGGGACAUGAAGCAAUUGAAGCAAACAGUAGCUACUUCCAUUUGGCAGCGUGGGCCAUUCCGGCUGUGAAGACCAUAAUGAUCCUAGUUAUGAGAAGGGUGGCUGGAGAUGAGCUGACAGGGUUGUGCUAUGUUGGAAGCAUGGAUGUGAAUGCCUUGACGGGGUUUGUACUCAUCCCUUUGGCUUGUUAUCUAAUCAUUGGCACUUCUUUCAUUCUUUCGGGUUUUGUGGCCCUUUUUCAUAUCAGGAGGGUGAUGAAAACAGGUGGAGAAAAUACUGACAAGUUGGAGAAGCUUAUGGUCAGGAUUGGUGUCUUCUCAGUCUUGUAUACAGUGCCUGCAACUUGUGUGAUAGCUUGCUAUUUUUAUGAAAGACUUAAUAUGGAUUAUUGGAAAAUUGUGGCAACUCAACAGAAAUGCAAGAUGAACAAUCAGACUAAAAAUUUAGACUGCAUGAUGAAUAACUCUAUUCCAGCAGUAGAAAUUUUUAUGGUCAAAAUUUUUAUGUUAUUAGUCGUGGGCAUUACUAGUGGUAUGUGGAUCUGGACUUCCAAGACUCUUCAGUCCUGGCAAAAUGUUUGUAGUCGAAGAUUAAAGAAGAGAAGUAGGAGAAAACCUGCAAGUGUUAUUACAAGUAGCGGAAUCUACAAAAAACCUCAACAUCCACAGAAAACUCACCUUGCAAAAUAUGAAUCAACAUUACAACCACCCACUUGUGUGUGACCAGGUUUUUAGAAAAGACAUCUCACCUUACAGACUUACAAACGUCCACAGUAGCAGUCAGAAAUUAAAAAAAUAAGUGGUGCUUUUUUUGUCAGAACAGUUUAAUAUGUCAAGGCAAAAAAUGUAUCAUGCUGAAUUCAGGACCUGGUGAAUAACUGAAGGUAAACAUACUUGGGGAAAGGUUUUCAGUGAAAGAAAUAUUGUGAAUUAAAACAGUCUCUUCUGUUACUAAUUUGUAGUUAAGUACUUCAUCCAGCCCUCAGAUUUAUUAAAAAAAAAAAAUCCGAAACAAACAACACCCUAUUUAACUUUUUUUGUGUAGCUGAGCUGGAUUUCCUACAGGUUUCUGAGUAACAAGGUAUAGUCGAGUUUUAUGGAGCAAUGAUUUGAUUUUAAAAGUGCCCAAGUGAGCAUUGUCUCUUUAGGGAAACUCAGGUCCCAAAGAGGCCUAUCCUCAGUAAGUAUGCUAUCUGUGAAAGAAACUUCCAUGCUAACUUUAAAAAAAAAAAAAUCCUUUACAACUCAUCUCAGCCUAGUGGGUUUGGAAUGCCUAAAAAUAGGUUCAAUCUAUAAUGCUCACCAAUAUUCUUUCACUAAAAGAGAAACUUCCUGCACCAGACACAAACUUUGUGAAUAAGAAUAAUGUGCAAUACAUUUUUUUUCUUACCAUGACAUGAAAAGAGAAACAAGUAUUUUGCUGUACAUAAAGACAACAAAAGAAAUCUCUUAACAAAAGAACUAAGAGGUCUAGUCCUCAGAAACCCUUUAGUGUUACAUUUUGUGGCUUUUUAAUGGAAAUCAAGCCAAUGUUAUACACGUUUGGACUGAUUUGUGCAAAAAAAAAGGGGGGGGAUCAAUUCAAAGAGACCCAAAGGGCUUAUUGACUCUUUCUAUUGUUAAACAAAUUCUCACUAUGAAUAGAUCAAGAAGCACUAGAUUCUGCAAAGGGAAGCUUUGUAUAGAGUGAUGCUCUUUACUGUGCUGGGGGUGCACAGUUUUGUGCUGUAUAUAUUUGUAAUAUACAAUUAUUUUUCAUGCUCCACUAUUUUAUUAAAAAUAAAAUAUGUUCUUUAGUUUGAUAA